AUGGGUCGUCUAUCAGCUCUGGUCUAUAGUAUAUUUUAUACGGUCAUAAAAAGCAUCGCAAAGGUUAUCCUCUAUGCGUUCUACCGUAAUCAUGAAGCUCUACAUUCAGAGAACUUCCCUGCCGACAACAAUACUCCCAUGCUGGUUAUUGCUGCCCCUCACGGCAAUUUUUUGAUGGACGCUAUUACCAUGUUUGUGUCAUGUCCACGGCAAUUAUAUUUCCUAAGUGCAAGGUCAAAUUACAAUUAUCCGAUAUUUGGUCAGGUAAUUCACGGAUUAGGUGCCAUACCUGUAACGAGGCCACAAGAUUUAGAAAGAUUAAGAGGAGAUGGUUUAGUUACAGUUCAUGAAGAUGGCAGAACAGUGAGCGGCGAAAAUAUUGGAACGACAUUGCAUGUUGGCGAUACAUUAUACGUCGAAUUCGAAGGUCCAGGAGACAAUAGUAUGCUUAAAGAGGCCAAUGGGAUAAUUGAAGAGAUACUUGACGAAAACACGGUUAAAGUUAAGGAACCCGGAAUGAAAUGGCUUACAAAAAGCAGACGCAAAGACAAGAUGCGAAGACUAGUAGAGUACGGAAGUUUUGUCAUCCGCGUUGAACGAGGUAGCACACUACGUACUCUCGAAAGCCUUAAUAUCCUACCAACGACAAUUAGCCGCGGCAUCGAUCGGUUAGCAACGUCCCCCGGGCGACUACCUAUCCCUAUUCCCACCGAAGACGACGACUUGAGAGAAGUUGUUGUUAGUACAUCGCCAGGAACUUUUCUGUCCGAGAGAACGCCUUUGCUCAUCUCGGACAUGAGAAAUUCACGGAGCGCUUCAUCCUCAUCCUCGUCUUCGUCUUCUCGGAUAGUAAAACCCAACAUCCCUCGCGUUCCUAGUCUUCCGACUACGUAUACAUACACACACAUGCCUCCGCACUCUGAGAUUUACUCGGCGGUUUACAACCAUUUUUCCAAUGGCGCAUCGGUCUGUAUAUUCCCCGAAGGAGUUUCUCACGAUAACGAUCACAUGUUGUCAUUAAAGUUCGGAUGUGCAGUUAUGGCUUUGGGGUAUCUUGCGUCACGCGAACCGGAUGCAUCCGGAAAGCCAAGGACCCUAAAGAUAGUUCCCUGUGGUCUUAAUUUCUUCAACCGCCAUCGAUAUAGAAGUCGUGUCUUUAUCGAAAUUGGCCCUACGAUUGAAGUCGAAGAGAGACUUGUCGAUAUGUAUCGACGUGGUGGAGAUGCCAAACGCAGAGCUUGUCAAGAACUCUUGAAAAAGAUUCAUUCGGCACUGCAAGAAAUAACAGUGAAUGCUUCCGACUACGACACUCUUCUAUUCUUCAAGACCGCAUCGCGUCUUUAUCGUGAAACACUGCCUAACGAACUGACAUUCCAUGAGAAAUUAGCUUUAUUGAGAAAGAUUGCUAAGAAAUACUCUUCGACAACACCACCAACAGAUGAAGCCCGUCGACUGAAAUAUGACGUAUUACAAUUUGCACAAAGAGUCCGCAGAGAGCGCAUUGCCGUCCCCAAUGUUUCUGUCACAUCUCUUUCGUUAUUCUGGUACCUACCUCUGUUCAUCGGUUUAGUGCUGUUAACUCUGCCAGGUUUGAUCCUCUUUCUACCUAUUGGCCUCGUGUCACAUUAUGUCGGGAAGAAACAAGGGGAAAAUGCAAUGCUAUACGAUGACAAUUCUCUCGCGAUUACUCGCUGGCCGGGGCGAGAUGUAAUUGCUACAUGGAAGAUUAUAGCGGGACUUUUCCUAUUUUUAAUAUUCGACACCAUUUACACUACUUUAUCCAUGCAAUUUAUCACCAAAUUCAAGCUCUGGGAGUUCCAUGGAAGAAACGAACGUGCUCUAGCCAGUAUAUUCUUAUUCGUAUUGCUAUGGCCAGUUAUAGCCUACGGAACUACGUUACUAUGGGAACGAACAUGUUGGGUCGGUAAGACAGUCUGGGUCGGAGUGUGGGGUUUAAUUCAUCCGAAACGACGAAGAAGACUGUUGACAUGGAGAGACGAAUUGUCGGCACGCGUGCGUAAGUGGGUUGAGAGUAGCGCUCCUGCUCCCUUGCCCUCGCCCAAACCUAUGCCGGCUAGUUCACAUCGAAUGAAUGGUCGCGAGUCUAAUGGCGUCAGGUCUAAUAGUGGAAGCAAUAGCUGGCGGGCAAAUUUGCUAUCAACUAGUGGAGCUUCUCCUCGCGACUUGUCGCCAAAUGCUGUUCAGGGAUUCCGCCCGCAAUCUUUUGGUGUUCAGGUCAAUGGAUAA